CCUCCUUCUCCUCCGCCCCAACACCGCCCUUUUGAUCCCUCUAAAACCCUCAUCUCUCCACCGCCCGUGCUCUCUCUCCCUCUCUGUUAAUAUCUUCUCUCCACGCCUGCAGAAUACGCAUUCACCUACAUGCACUUGCGUUACUCGCAUGGGAAAUGCCAAUGGAAAAGAAGAAGGCUGUGAGAAUGGCGGCGGCGACGAAGUCUCCGAAGGCUCGAACCACGCGCCGACAAUCCGCGUGGCUUCCUCUGAUCUAAUGGUGAGCUCUCCGCCGCGUGAUCCCCAUCACUCUCGCGCUCCUCUCUUGUUUUCGUCGCAGGCCCCUGUAAUUCCUUUGCAAAGAAAUGAUGGUCAGUCACUCAAUCCACUGAGGCAGAAUGAAGCUCAAAGAGCUGUCGAUCACCCCCUUGAACAAGGCAUACCAACUAUAAUAACUUGGAGUUAUGGUGGAAAUAGCGUGGUCGUGGAGGGUUCAUGGGACAACUGGAGGACAAGGAAAAUGCUCCAAAGAACAGGCAAGGAUUAUUCUAUUCUUUUGGUGCUGCCAUCAGGCAUAUUUCGUUACAGAUUUAUCGUGGAUGGUGAAGUGAGAUAUAUCCCCGAUCUUCCAACUGAAACAGAUCAGAGCGGCCAUGUUUGUAAUCUUCUUGAUGUCAAUGACUAUGUUCCUGAAAACCUUGAUAGUGUGGCAGAAUUUGAGGCUCCCCUAUCACCUGAGUCAAGUUACGGUCAGGAUUUUCCAGGAGACGAAGACUUUGCAAAGGAUCCGUUGAUGGUUCCACCUCAACUGUCAUCGAGUGUUCUUAGCUCAGAAAGCAACAAAGACGCUAGUGCUUCAAGGCCACAGCAUGUAGUGCUGAACCACCUCUUCAUGGAGAAAGAACGAUCAGCCCAGUCUGUGGUUGCCCUUGGCCUGACCCACCGAUUCCAGUCCAAAUACGUGACUGUCGUCCUCUACAAGCCUCUAAAAGGAUGAUAUCUCUAACCUUUGCAUCACGCAGCUAGUGCUGUAACUUCAGUUCGACAAGUUUAAUCUGCGUGAUGCAAUUCAACUUGUAAUGUUUUGUUUUGUUGUACAAUAGCAACCUAAGAGCAUUUGCUUGGCUGUAAAAAUUUGGUUAGAAGAAGAAGCAGCGCGCAACCUCAACGGCAACGACAAUCACAUACGAUGUUUGUUUCUUGAGCCCGUCUCAAGCAGAGCGUAACUGUUAAUAUGGCAAGAAUAGGCACCAAUUUCUGUUUUCAGUAGUGAAUAACAUCUCAUCUUCGACAUUCUUGUGUUUGAAUUAUUGCCUUUAUUUUAUAUUUUGCAUAAGUUUCAA